GUGUGGUGACGAUGCGUAACCAGGUUACUCAUGUCCCGCUGGCCAGAUUGCACAGGCGUCGUGCCGCAUCUCUCAGGCGUCACAUCAACACUGCGAAAAAAGCUGAUGAUUCCGGCGGCAAGCAUGAUGUCGAGAGGUGGGCAGAGACCCAUCAACCAAGCGGCCUGCUCACGAGAGACUUCAUCGCGAAAUCGCUGUACAACCAGGACAAUGGGUACUUUGCCACGAAGGAUGUGAUCAACGACCUGCCAGGGCCCUUGGAGUUCCGCAACAUGAUGGGCGAGCUCCACUACCGCAUGGAUGUGAAAAAGGCAUAUGAAUCCAAGCUUUCCGCGUGGAUGACUCCGGUGGAAACCUUUUCCCCGCACUUUUCGCACGCUCUGGCGAGAUGGAUGACGAAAGAGGCGAAGAAGACUUCGACGGCAUCGUCGGAGCGAGCGAACGGGGCUGGUGAUGCGCUUCCUCGCAGACGCAAGCUAGCUCAGGGGCGGAACAAAGGCACCGGCGCCGGCGCCUGCGUUGGGGGCGAAGGAGAAAGCUUGGUUGUGUACGAAGCCGGAGGCGGAACAGGAACGAAUGCGUUGAACGUGUUGGACUGGCUGCAGCAGCAGGAGCCGAAGCUGUACGAGCGAACCGAGUACACGAUCGUCGAGAUCAGCCCACGAUUGGCGGAGCUACAGACGGAGAGAGUGUGCAGCGUUCAUGAGAACUGCCGCGUCGUCAACGCCAACGUCUUGGAAUGGGGCAUGUCCGGUGAGGUGGACCCUCGUCCGUGCUUCUUCCUCGGCAUGGAGCUUUUGGACAACCUCCCCCACGACAAAAUAGCGUGGGUGGCGCCUAGUUCCACGGAAGAACAAGGUGAUGCUGGAACCCCGCAGCUGUGCGAGACAGUGGUGGUGGAAACCCCCGGGGGUGGUUUUCGAGAGAUGUUUCGACCCGUGCGAGACACUUUAAUCCGUCAACUGCUGACGGUUUGCCCCGAACUAGCGGCGAUGAUACGGGAUCGAAGGGAGACGGAAUCGGAGCCACCUUCCGCGAGUCCUUUUGCGAAGAUGUUCGCGUUUUUUUCCAACGGUGGUGGCGGUGGCAGAGGUGACCUGAAACCAGAGCACUGUGCGGCGUUCAUACCGACGGGAUAUUUGCGUCUCGUGCAAGGCCUUCGAGCGCGGAUGCCCCGGCAUCGCGCUAUCCUGGCCGACUUUGACUCUUUCGCCGACAGCGCGGGAAUGGGUGGAGGACCUUCGUUGACUGCAGUAGGUGGAGCAGCCGGGUCAGCAGGCGAAACAGCGACGAAUGACGAGUCGCUGACGGCGUUUCAGGCUCCUAUCGUGUCCAGCCGGGAUCCUGUGAGCGGGGUCGUAACAGACCACGCCACCUACAUGGUCCCGCUGGGAUCGGCUGACAUUUUUUUCCCGACAUCUUUUGACAGGCUGUCGCGGUUGCACUCAGCGAUAUGCAGUGCGGGGGGAACCGUCGGUAGCCAAACCGGUCGUAGACAGGAGAGAGUUGGGAGAGGAAGGGGUUUAGUCGUGAAGCAGGGGGAUUUCUUGCGGGAGUUCGCCGAUCUACCUUGUACUCGGACCUUCAGCGGUUUCAACCCCCUGGUGGAUGACUUUCGGAAUUCUUCCGUCUUUAUCAGCGGUGCGGUCAUCACUCCUUAA